AUGAAAACAAUUUCUAAAGAAGACUGUUUUUCGAAAUGUAAAGAAAAGGAUGAUUUUAUUUGUAAUCAGUUAUAUAAUAUAUUAACAUAUCAGCCUUUUAAUGAAAUUUUAGAAUAUAAAAAUGGUGAUAUUUAUAUAGGAGAAACAGAAAACAAAAAAAGACAAGGAUAUGGUUAUUACAUAUAUAUGGAUAUUAAGACUAUAUAUCAAGGGCAAUGGAAAGAAAAUGCAAAAAAUGGUUACGGGACAUUAUUCAACCAAAAGGAAGUUAUUUAUUCAGGUGAAUGGCUAAAUAACAUUUCACAUGGUUUUGGUAGCACUUAUAAAAAUGGGAAAUUAUUUGUAGGUUCAUAUAAAUUUGGUUUGAUAAAUGGUGUAGGAAUAUUAAGAAAAAAAAACAGUUUUAAUUUUUGUCUAUUUCAAUCCAACAAAAAAAAAUUCUUAAUUAAAAUUUCGAAAUAUAUGGAUAUAUAUUUAUAUUUGUAUAAAAAUAAAAAAGUUAUUUUAAAAGAAAAAUUUUGUACCUUUUUUCCAAUUUAUAUGAAUAAAAGGAUUCCUAAGAUUGUUCAUAAAGAAAUUUUUUUCAAAUUAUUUAGCAUAGAUAAGUCAAUCAAUAACUUUUCUUCACAGAAUUAUAAAAAUAAUAAAAAUUAUAACAAUUUAUGCUCAAAUAAUUCUUUAAAUUAUAUAAACUUUGAUUUAUAUAUAAGUUGUCAAAAUAAAUUAUUUAGAAAAACAGACAAAUUGAAAAGAAAAAAUAGUACUAACAACGAUGAUGAUAAUAGUAACAAUCAAUAUUUUGGCAUUAAUAAUAAUAAUAAUAAUUAUUAUAAUUAUGAUAUUGAUAAUAACAAUAAUGAUAAUAAUAAUAACAGUAAUGAUAAUUUUAAUAAUAAUAAUAAUAAAUGCACUUUUCAUUUUUUUAACAGUUCUUUAAAAAGUAACUUUAUUUUAACAAAUUUAAAAUACAAUGAUGAAAAAAGUGUAUCUUCACAAAACUUCUCCAGUGAAAACGAACAAACAUAUGAUGAUAAUACUCCACUUCCAAAUAAUAUUUUGAACAGUUAUAAAAGUUUAAAUGACAAAAAUUUUCAAAAUUUUAACAAAAAUCUUUUACUUUAUAAAACUGAUUCAAAUAAUAGUUAUUCGUCUCUAAACGUAACCUUUAGCAGCGACUCUGUUUUUAAUGGAAUAAAAAAAAAGAAAAAAAUUGUAAUUCCUUAUCUUUUUUAUAAAAAAAAGGAUGGGAAAAUAAUAAGGAAUAGAAGAAAUAAAAGAAAUAAAGAAAAAUAUUAUAAAUUACUGAUUGGUGAAUAUAAUGGAAAUCUUCCUAAAUUAGAAGAUAGUAACAGCUCUUCAAAUUUUUCAAAUAUAAAAGCACAUAAUGAAAUUGAUAUUUUAAAAAAAAAAAAAAUUAACAAUAUAUUUAAUAGUAAUUCUCAUAGAGAAAAAGUGGAAGAAUUUGGUGAAUACAUGACUUUUUUAAAAUAUUUAAAAGAAAUAAAUAUAAAAAAAAAGAUAAAAUGUAUAUAUCAAUGGGAAAAGUGCCAUAUUUUAAUCUUGCUAUACUUCUUUAAACUUGAUAAAUAUAUAUAUUCUUUUAAUCAUAAUAAUAUUAAAGGAUUUCAUUUUUUUAUUUUGAAUAGCAGAAUAUUAAAGAAUUUAGGAAUAUAUAGUAAUGAACAUAUUUAUUUUUUUUUGAAUUUCAUUAAUACAUUUAAUAGAAUACAUAAUAUUUAUUUGCAAAUUUUAAUAAGAUGGGAAAAUAUAAAAAAGGAUUCCUUAUUAAGUUAUAAUUCUAUAAAUAAAAAAGAAUUUUUUAUUAUUAAACAUUUUAAGGGCAGCUCUAAUAUAUAUUUCUGCUACUAUCAAAAUACUCCUGUCUGUUUAAAAAUUAUUUCACAUAGAAAAGAAGUACUUUUAAAUAAUUAUAAAAAAAAAAAUAAUAAAAUAAAGCAUAUAAAAAAUCAAAAUCAAGAAAGAAACCCAGAAUAUAAUAAGGUUCAAAAAAAUACUGAAGAAAAUGAGGCUAUAAUUAGUAAUAAAAAAGAAAUGAUAAGUUAUUUAAAUAAUAGAGAAUAUGAAGAAGAAUACUCUAAAAAAGAACCUAAAGAACAAGAGAGUAUAAAAGAAAACGCUAUUACUUCUAAUUUAAAAAAUAAUUUUUUAAAUACAGCACAAAAAUUGUUAUUUAACGAAAAAUUAAUUUUGUAUAAUGAUAAAUUAAAUAAAAAUUUACUCUACAAUUUAAAAAAUUUAAAAAAUAAGUUAACAAAUCGCGAAGAGGAAAUAAAAAUUAGUAAAAAUGAUUAUCAAAAGCCAUCAUUCAAUGAAGAUAAAAAGCAAUUUAAAGAAGAAAAUAAGGGAAACUCAAAAUUUUUUAAUACAACAAAUAAUAAAUAUAAUAAUAUAUUAUCGCAUAAUAAUGAAUUUAAAAAUAACGGUGAUAAUAUUAGCACAAUUGACUCAUAUGAGUCAUCUAAUUUUGUGGAAAAGUUAAAAUGUAGAAUGAAUUUUAUGAGAGAAUAUUUUAUUAUUUCCAAUUUAAGGCAUCCUAAUAUUAUUAAAUAUAUAGGAAAUAUUAUGAGCAAGAAAAAAGAAAAAUUUGGGUUAGUUUUUGAAUAUUUAAAAGGAAAUCACUUGUAUGAUUUUAUAUACAAAAGUAAAAAACCAUUAAAAAAUAGAAAAAUUAUAAAAAUUUUUUAUGAAAUUUCAGCUUCUUUACAUUACAUACAUGAGAGGAAUAUUUGUCAUGGUAAUUUAAAUAACAAGAAUAUAUUUAUAACAAAUAAAGGAAAUGUAAAAAUUUGUAAUUUUCAGAACUCAUCUAUAGAAAGCUUUUAUAAUUAUAAAAUUGAUUGCAAAAAAAAAUAUGAUACAAGAAGAUAUAAAAAUAACUAUCAUUUUUAUGAAAAUUUGUCCUUACCACUUCCGUACAUUACAUCUAUUAACGAUAUAAGAUUUAGUGAUAUUAUUUCACCUUUUCUACAAUUUAAUACAAAUAAAUUCAAUAAUGUUAAAACUAGUUACCAUGAUUGUUAUAAAGCUCCUGAAGUUUUAAGAGAUGAAGAAUAUACAAAUAAAAGUGAUAUAUAUUCUUUCGGUGUCAUAAUGUAUGAAAUAAUAUUUGAUACAUUACCAUUUAUAAAUGAAUAUGUCCCGUUAUUUUUUUUAAUUUCUACAUGUACUCACCAAAGAUAUAUUAAUUUUGAUAUAAAUAAAUUGAAUUCAAAAUUUGAUUAUUCUUUGUUUCAUAUUUCUAUAAAUAUUAUGUUGCUAAUUAAGCAGUGUCUACAUCCAAUACCUUAUAAUAGACCUAAUUCAAAAUAUUUAUGUGAACAUUUUAAAUAUUUGUUAGAUUUACUGAAAUUAUAUAAGAUAAAAUAA